GUUAUUAACAUAAAAGCCGACGGCGACACUAACGAAUAUUUCUAUUUAUUAUUGUUAUUUUUUUUAAUAUGAAAAAUGAACGAUCCUAAUAAAGCGAUCAGUGUAAAUCUCUCCUCACUGCUCAGCUUGAAGGCGGAGUUGUCGCGGAAGCAGCUUGAGGUCAGGAAUGCGAAGGCCAGCAAACCGCCUGCAAAUGAGUUUCGGCCCAGUAAAAGCAGCAGCGACAAGAAGUCAAAGGAUCUCGGCUACAAGGCUGUCGGAAAGAGUGGAGAUGACGCCAAAGUGUACGAGGCAGAGGACUAUGACCAGUUGGCCAAGUCCCGCCGGGUUUUGGAGGCCAAGAGCAAGUUUUACGACAGGAUGAGCCGCAGCGGUGGCAGCCUCAACUCUGAUGACAACUGCCUCGUGAUGUUCAAUCGAAAGAAGCAGGAGGAGAACGAAGAGCACCUGCCACAGAAAUGUGAGACCCGCGAACGUCAGAGUAGCAGUAGUAGCUCAAGCGAAGACGAGAACGAGGGCAACGAGGAUGACGAAGUGGAAUACGUCGAUUGCCUGGGUCGAACUAGAAAGUGCCUGAGAAAAGAGCUAUUAGAGGCUAAGAGGCGCGACAGACAGCUGGCCGAGAGCAUGCCCGAGCGUCUCGAUCAAACGAAGGCUAAUUGGAUGAUAGAUACCAAAGGGAGUCGUGCCCAGAGCAGCGAUGACGACAACGAUGGCGAGCCCACUUAUGGACCACCACCUCCGGAAAGCGUCUUCAGCGAUGCUUUGUCCACAAUGACAAAGCACGACGAGCAGCGUUUGAACUGGGAGCGGAAGGAACAGGAAAACUUCGACAAACCUGACGUCCAUUAUCAAGAUGUCUUCUUCGACGAGGCGCGCACCCAUGGCGUUGGCUAUUACGCCUUCUCCACAGACGAGGAGGAACGCAAGCAACAGCAAAUCGCCCUAGAAGAAGCCCGAAAAGCCACGACCGCAGAACAGACCCGACGCGAUGAGAUGCGCAAAAAGCGGGACCUGCUCAUAGCCGAUCGAGUGCUCGCCGCCAAGAACAGAAUACGGGCACGCAACGGCAUGCCACCGAUCAGCAAGGCGGAAUACGAGCUCGAGCAGCAGCAAAAGAGAGAUAAAGAAACUGCCGAAGCCACGGCACGGGCGGAGGAGGAGCAGAAGAAGAAGGAAGCCAUCGACAAAAAGAAAGCAGAGGAGGAGGCUGAACUACAAGAAUUAAGAAAGGAGCACGUACGGGAUUGGGAUCGAGAUAAGCCCGGCGUCGCCACCAAGCGACGGGGCUCAGAAUCACCCGAGGAGGAGGAAGAGUGGAAGUACAAGGCCGAGCGGCUACCCAUGUCACAGGAAGAGUGGAACGAAAAGCAACGUGCUCAGCGGCAAGCAGAGUUUGCUCCUAUGCCAGAGCCGCCACCUCCUCUCAAGCGCAGCAACUUUAACAGCAUGCCACCGCCUCCGACGUGGGAAGGCGGGUCAGUGGAGCAAGAGUUCUGCAACUUUCACACCACCAAGCGGGAACGGACAUUCCAGCGACGCAACUACACCCCCGGCAACGACGACAAUUUCGAUGAAGAGCCAGGUACCUCCGGUCGUAGCCUGGGUGCCGCCAUUCCACCGCCACCUGGACUGGAUGACACUGCUGGCCCACCGACAGCGAAGAGGGCCAAGUCCCAGGCCGACCUGGAGCGCUCUAUUGAGGCGGGUUUGAGGUUUCUGCGCGAUAACUGCGACAAGGGUGUGCUAGCCAACAAGGCCACCUGGACGGCCAAGGCAGACUAUUAGGUCUGUUACAAGUUUAAAGUUUAUUGCUUUGUAUAAAGAAUAUAGAUUAGAAAAACUCCAUACGAUUUCUAUGCGGCUUGGGUUUCCUUAGGCCAAUUAUAAUAAAUUAUACAUUUAUUGUUAA